GCUUCGUGCGGUUUCUGUCAGACGAUCUAGUACACAAUUGUCUUCUGCGUGACUGUCAAUCACACGGACCCUGACUGUCGUCUGCGUGGCUGUCAAUAACACGGACCGCGGGUUUCGUCAGGCGAUCCUCUUGACACUUUUUACCGGAUAACUGUUGACCAAGUUGUCCAGGAAGCGUCCUCCCCUAGCCGCGUGACGUAAGCAAAGGGUGAAAGGUCAUUGGAAGUCGAUACCGACCCUCGUCUCUGCUGAACGCCAUCAGGAAGUUCUGUUGACAGCAAACUUGGGGACGUUCAUUACAACCAGUAGUGUUUUACGCCAGUUACUUACGACAGUGUAGUGCGCAGGUCCAGUGAACAUGGACGACACCGUGAGUGCGACAGCCUCCACGGACGAGGACGAAGACAUGCUGACACCCAGCAUGACCUUGACUGUAAUUUUGACCGUGACGUCAUCGAUUGGAGCCCUGUCCAACUUGGUCAUCUGCCUGGUGAUCAUCUGUGCGCAUGCGCGCAACGUGCCAUCUGAUUGGUUCAUGGGUAACCUGUCGUUCGUUGACCUGACCUUUGCCGGGGUCACCGUCCCCAUCAGGUUGGCGAGGUACCUGCUGCGAGGCACGGGAAUCUUCGGAGGACUUUUCGGCUGUAAGUUGUGCAUGGUUCUGCCCAAACUCUGCCUGACCAACUCAGUCUUCACCAUGCUGGCGAUGGCGUACGAACGGUACCGCUCUACGGCCAAGUUCAAUAAGCCAAAACUUACAGGUUGCCAAACUGGCUCAAUGCUCGUGCUGGUAUGGUUCGUGUCGUGUAUGCUGUGUCUGUACGACAUCGUCAGUGGCAAGAACUAUCUAAUUGACAUGGGAAACUCCACCGAACCUGCUCCAGUCUACAUCACGGACUGCUGGUUUCCGGAAUUAGGAGAUGACAAGGAUGCAUACUCGUACGUGUUCGCUGCACUUGGUGUAGCGACCCCUCUGAUAUCUAUAGCCGUGUUCUACGCGCUCCUGGUUGGUGCCAUCCGCACACGGGGGUUCCAGUCACCCAACAACCCUCCCUCCAGCCCGCAGCAACAGCCGUCCGCAGAGGCCUCAACAGCAGCGUCUCCGGUAGCCAGAGUGCGGACCAUCAGGGUGAGCCGGUCGGUGUCAGGCGGUAUUCUGCACGAGAUCAGACAGACCAACAUGGUGGCGGCGCUGGUGGUGGUGUUCGUCUUGUGUUGGGUGCCGCUCUUCGUCCUGCCGGUAAUGCAGGCGUGGACGGAGGACAGCGCCUCUAGCGACUCCUUCAUACUGCAGCUGCACAUGGUUUUGGUGACCGUACGGACGAUUCUGGACCCCGUGAUCUACACGUGCUCGUCCCGGGCGAUGCUGUGCUGCAGGAAGCGGGGCAGGGUGGGGGAGGCUCCCGAGGACAUACAUUUAGGCGCCCGGGACACAGUCUCGGACUGUUAGCAACCAAGCAACAGUAAUUCGAAGCA